AUCCUCUUCUCUUCCAAUUUCUCAACCACUAAACCCCAGUUUCAUUCACUGGAUUAUAACCAACAGCAAAAAUACAAAAGAGGGAGGAAAAAUGUUGAAGUUCCUUUCAAAGGUACGGAUUGAGUUCAAUGCGUUGGACCCACGCCUAGCAUCGUGCAUGGAGUUCUUAGCCCAAUGCAACGCACGCAAGGCUAAAGAAUCGAACCCAGCCUGCCAGGUCCAGGUGAGGCGGAGAACCGAUGACCACCCACCACAGAUCGCCGUCACUUUUGUCAAUGGUGUUGAAGAGGUAUUCGAUGCCACGUCGACACCUGCCCAGACCAUCAGGAACAUGAUUCUAGAGAAGGGUCAGAUUCUGGAGACGGAACAAAUGUUCCGCGAAGCUGGGGAGAAGUGGCCUGUUGUUAUUCCAGAGGAGGAACUUCUUCAACCUGCGCCUGGUACCAAGCCAAGGAAAGCGGAAGAGAAGAAGAUGUGAUACUGUAAUUUGCCUUGAUUACAUUUUGCUUCAGACACUAAGGAUGGCCAACCAUGAAAUCUUAGCAUGUAUGUUUUUGUUAUACUUGAGCACUAGGAAUUUGAGAAUAUCAGUUUGAUUUGGUGGGAGACUCUGAAUUGUGAGUUCUGGAUGUUAGAUAUUGUCUUUUAACUUCUUUUGUUUUCAUUUUUAGAUGUUAGAGAAAUUGUUGUGGAAUAGCAUACGUGAUGGUGCGGAUGAUAAGCAAAUUCGGACUGUACUAAAAUAGACCUUCUUGGAAAAUAUUAAGCAAUAUCUGGUAGGAA